CCUCAUCCUCCUCUCUCUCUCUCUCUCUCUCUCUCUCUCUCUCUCUGUGGAAGCACAUUGUUCAACGCGGGGCUCAUUUUUUUUUUACCCAGAACCAAUGAAUGCCUUGGUGCAUUUUUAGCUACUGAAAAUUAAACACUUUUAUCGGACAGAAUAAGGUGCAGAUAUCUCUGAAGACUGGUGGGAAGCAGACCAAGAACAUUUUGUUUCCCUCUGAGAGGCAACACAGAGUUGGAAGAUUUUUUUCCUCUUCUUCUUCUUCUUCUUCUUCUACACGAAAACGGUCGCUGUUGUCGCUAAUUAGACCUCUGCUUGGUUCAGUGGUGUGUGUGUGUGGUGAGCAGCAGCGGCAAAGAUGACGGAGUAUAAGCUGGUGGUGGUGGGAGCUGGAGGCGUUGGCAAGAGUGCACUCACCAUCCAGCUCAUCCAGAACCACUUUGUGGAUGAAUAUGACCCCACCAUAGAGGACUCGUACAGGAAACAGGUUGUGAUUGACGGGGAGACCUGCCUGCUGGACAUCCUGGACACUGCAGGUCAAGAGGAGUACAGCGCCAUGAGGGAUCAGUACAUGAGGACAGGGGAGGGUUUCCUCUGCGUCUUCGCCAUCAACAACACCAAGUCUUUCGAGGACAUUCACCAGUACAGAGAACAGAUUAAACGUGUAAAGGACUCAGACGAUGUUCCCAUGGUGCUCGUGGGAAACAAAUGUGACCUCCCGGCACGCACGGUGGACACAAGGCAAGCCCAGGAACUCGCCCGCUCUUACGGCAUCCCUUACAUCGAGACCUCUGCCAAAACACGACAGGGAGUAGAGGACGCCUUCUACACACUGGUUAGAGAGAUCAGACAGCAUAAGCUGAGGAAGCUGAACCCACCUGAUGAGAGCGGUCAGGACUGUAUGAGCUGUCGCUGCGUGGUAUCGUGAUGCAGCCAACUGUUGCACGUUGAGGAGAAAUGCUACAGCGCGUAGUGGCAGCAUGGACAUAAAGAUAGAAAGAUAAAAACGACUCAAUGAUGAAAUAUAGACUUUUUCGAAAAGAGGAUGAUUGAAGCAAAAGCUCUCAAGGAAACCACCAGAGCUGACUGAACCAUAGACCUUCACGGAAAAGGAGGAUUUGGACUGUUGCCUAAAGUGGCUACCUGAACUAGCCUGGUCCGGCCCCUUUUUUUGGUCCACAACAUGUCGACCUGUGAGCAACACCACUAACGACUCUUUGUCAACUCCAGUGUGGUCUCGCUGGGUAGCUCAACAAGUUUCCUGCUAACUUAUUGUUUUCAGUCUCAACACUGGUCUUAAAGGGGGUGUCUCUGACCUCCUCCCACCUUGAAAGCCUAAUUCCACUCCCCCUGUCUGCCCACUGGAAGGACUGACUGACUUAAAUGGAAAGGAUUGGAAUGGACGUUUAGUUACACCUCUCACAUGAAUAACCCCCCUCCCUCCCUUCAAUCCCAUCCCACUCAACCUGCUUUUGGCUUCCCUCGAAUGGCUGUGUAGUCCCUUCAUUAUACUGGAUACAGGGGGUGGAGGCUGACAUGGGAAUGACUAUAAUUUGUUGUUUUAACAGUUAGCCUAGCUGUACAAAAUCUUUUGAUUUUGUUUUUGAUAUGGAACAUUUUGUUUGUGAUUGCAGAAUUCUAAAAUCACAGAGCAAUAUGUGAGCAAAGGGUGUUUAUUUCACGUGGCACCUGUUUUGACAUUUUUCACGACCUGCCUGACGUAGUUUGGAAUUCCUUUAAGGAUAGAAAUGUUGAACGGAGAAUAUAAAGACAGAUGAAUUUCCAGAAUGCAGCGUCCUUCUCUCCUUACAGACGUUUUUCUUUGCUACAGUACGAGUUGUCUUUUGUGGAAUAAUAAUAGUAACGGCUAGUGUACGUAGGUUUUGGUGCAAUAGGAUUCUUUACUGUCCAAUUUACACAAAGUAUUGGGAAUAAACCACCUCUCAUUGCUACUUCUUUUACUUUGGUUUGGGAAGGAAGGGGGUACCCGUUGCCUGUAGAAAUAGGACGGAUAACCCUGCACUUGUACAGUUAUACAAUGAGAGGUUAUGAUUUUUAGACAAAAUGAGAACCAGUUGAUUUUUCUUGCAUUUCAUUUCAAUAACUGUAUGCUGUACAACUCUUAUUUACUACAUGGUGAUAACAGCUAUUUUUUCAGAUUGCAAGAAUCACUCCUUGUGGAUAAUAAGGCUCAGGAAUCAGGGUCCAGGAAAGUCUCUCCUAACAUUCCUGGGAACCAGGGUUAAGGAUGUCACCAGUUAGCUUUGCAGAGUGUAACGCACAAGUCCUGCCUCAGAGUCGAACUUCGGUUUCUUUUCCACACACACCAUACUACCCUCAAAACUGCUCUUCUUUCUUUGCCACCUCAGCUCUACAGUGGAACAAUAAACAGGUCAGGUGCUAAUCAUGUCAGAACCAGAUUUACUGUAUAUGUGGGACUAAUGUGUGUAAUAGGUGAUGGAUGUUGGGUUAUGGGAGUGCAUCGCUUUUGUUUCUUAAUACUGACUAGCUUGUGUUCUCCACAACUGCAUUAAUUUGCUGCCUAAAUGGAAAAAAAAGACUGCUCUGUGUUUACUUUGCCUUAUCUGUUAGCUAGUUUGUACCUCAUGUAUGCAGCGAGCUCUACCUGAGACGAUUAUGUGUUCUGUUGGCUGCAUUGUUUUGUUUCUGUUUGAUUACGUGUGCAACUAAAAAAUAUAUAGAAGUGUGUUGGGUUUAGACAUGCGCUGUAUAGAGUUUGAAAGACAAGGCAAGUCCCUGAAAACACUACACUGACUUUAAAAAAAAAAAAAGGGGAGGGGGGGUUUCUGUAAUAGCAUGUACGUCUCUGAAUGUGUUUAACAAGACUGAAAAACAACCCAGUUUAAGAGUCCAGUAUAAGCCAAACUGUCUUGCGGUCAUGUUUCAUAUGAAGUUUCAUUCUCAAUACAUUGGAACAUGUGAUGGUGAUUACUAAAAAAAAUGUUACUUUAAAGUCCAGAUUAUACUUGAACAAUUCAGAGAAUUGGUCACGUAUGAUGAUGUACAGAGUUCCAGACACUACAGGCAGGUUUUGGCAACAAGCGCUUCAGAUGCAAAAACCUCAGACAUUUCACACCUCUUCCAUGAAAGACGUCAAAUGUUAUUUUGCCAUUGUCCAUUGGAAACAAAAUGUUCGUUUCUGAUUCUAAUUGAUUUUGUACAGUUAAAGUGACUCUUUUUCACUCAUAAGGUGGCUUAAAGAAAUCUGAUCAGUCUAGUUACUGUGUGGAUGGUAGUUGUUUUUAUCAGUUAAGUGUUCGUUUCUCUGCUCGGAGGAAGGAUAUGAACUGUGAAUGUGUUUGAGUCUUUAGAUAUUGUUUGAAAGAAGCCUCGUGUUUAAAAUUUUACAAUAUUGAAAUAAUGCAGGAGUUGAACCUUGAUCCCACUUUUUGGCUGUGUUGUUCCUAACUUUUAUUUUUCACCCAUUGUACUCAAACCUUUUAAUGGAAAAAAAAAGAGUGUGGCGUUUGUAAUUACAGUCCUGAUAGUAUGCUUGUCCUCUCCCUGUCAAAUCUUUAAACAGUACAUCCAUGAUGAUAAUAAUAAUACAUAGAAUUUCACAAAACUGUUCAAAUUCCCCGUUUCAUGAGAAUAUCGGCGUCAUGUUGCCGCAGGGAUCCUCCAGCCAGCAAACCCACAGUAUACAUGUCAGAAAACCUGGCGAGCAUGACAAAGACUGCACGGACCAUUGGGAGUUUUGCACAAGGAUACAGUGGGCUCAAGGGCUUGUUUCUCCCUUGCAAACUGUGGAUGGAGGUGUGGAAGGAAUUUGUGAAAAUGUCAACUGUUUAGCUAUUUAAGAUGUAUUUACUCUUUGAAAAUGUGGCAAAUGUAUUGCAGGACAGGAAUAAAGAUGUCAAGAUGAAA